AUGAGCAACAUCCUCGAUCAAAACUACCCGGAAGACGACGAGGAUGAUUUCAAUCCGCAACCAGAAGUCGGCUCCGAUGAAGAGGGCGACGACAAACCGCACGUCGACGCAGAUGAAGCUUCACCACCCAGAAAGUCUGCGAAGCGCACUCAAUCAAAUGACGACGACGAUCAGAAAGACGAUGAACUAGCUGGCGAGGAUGAGGACGAUGAAGAGGGCGGUGAUGACGAGACAAAGGAAGUAGAGGACGAUGAAGAGGAAGAAGAGGAAGAAGACGACGAUGAGGAUGACGAUAUCGAGGGACAGCCGUCGCGCAAGCGCCGGCGGAGACGACGCAACCAGUUCAUUGAUGUUGAAGCUGAGGUUGAUGAAGAUGACGAGGAGGAGCCUGAGGAGGAAGAUGACUUGCCCGGCGAGGAGAUGCAUCCCGACGAUCUGCAAGAACUGCCACCAGGCGCGGACAAGGAUGAUCGCAUGCAUCGUGAGCUCGACCGAGCGCGUGAGGCAGCAGAUGCAAUGGAUGUCGAGGCGGAAGCAGCACGAUUGAAGGAGCGAUACGGACGGCAGGGACGUGGUACCGGUACUGGAUCUGCGAUUGUGCCUCAGAGACUACUCCUACCCGGCGUCGGUGAUCCUCGCAUCUGGAGGCUGAAGUGCCGGCCUGGAAAGGAGCGCGAGAUCCUCUUCUCCUUGCAGAAGCGUGUGAUGGAGAGACAAGCCUCGCGUGAGCCCAUUCAAGUGCUGUCGGCUUUCGAACGCUACGCUACAAUGCCCGGCAAUCUCUAUGUUGAGGCGUGGCGCCAGGACGAUGUCACCUCGGCGUUUGAUGGCAUCACGCAUGUCUUCAUGGGCACGAAGCCUUUGAUGAUUCCGCUCGAAGAGAUGCCAGAUCUGCUGCGGACUUCCAAGUCGAAGGAUCUUGAGCCGGGCAUGUACGUGCGGCCACGACGAGGGCUGUACGCUGGCGAUCUUGCACAAGUGGACGAUGUUGAGCAGAAUGGCACGACCGCCGUCCUCAAGCUGGUACCACGCCUGGACUACGGCCUCACUGAAGACGCGAACGCUGCGGCCCCGACAAUGGAGCCCGAUGGUCAGGGUGGUGUGAAGCGAAAGCGAGUCCAGAAGCCAAUCGGCCAGCGUCCCUCUGCCAGGCUCUUCAGCGAGACCGAAGCCCGGAAGAAGCACUCAAAAUACCUCUCAAAGGCAGGUGGUCUCAGUAACUCUUCUUGGAACUACCAAAACAAGACAUACGUCGACGGCUUCCUAUUGGAGACCUUCAAGAUCAGCGCACUGCAAGUCGAAGAUGUCAAUCCUACACUAGAGGAGGUUACCAAGUUUGUCGCCGGAGAUGGAGAUGGCACCGAGAAUUUGGAUCUGGUUGCGCUAUCGGCCACGCUCAAGACGAGUGCCGGUGCUGACUACCUGCCUGGCGACAAGGUCGAGAUCUUCCGCGGCGAGCAGAAAGGCGCGACCGGUCGUGCGGUCGAGGUCUACGGAGAAGUUGUCAAGAUGCGAGUGGAACAGGGACAAAUGGCUGGACAGACAAUCGAAGCGCCCAUUCGUGAUCUGCGAAAGAUGUUCCGGGAAGGUGAUCACGUCAAGGUCAUUGGCGGCAGCAAAUAUCAAGACGAGGUUGGAAUGGUCGUGAGGACCAAUGGCGAACAAAUCACCAUCCUCACGGACAGCACUCAGCAGGAGAUCUCUCUGUUCGCAAAGGAUCUUCGCGAGGCUACAGACAGCGGCGGUGUGGUCGGGGCUAGUAAGUACGACCUGUUCGACCUUGUACAGCUCGAUGCGUCUACUGUCGGAUGUGUGACGAAAGUCGACCGCGAGAGUCUGCGAGUGCUGGACCAACUGGGUAAUUCUCGGAACCUGCUUCCCUCCAACAUAUCGAACAAGAUUGAGAAGAAGCGCGACCAGGCUCCGGCGACCGACCACUUGGGGAACGAAAUCAAAUCUGAUGACACCAUCAAGGAGGUCGGAGGAGAGGGUCGGUCUGGCAAGGUCUUACAAGUCCAACGCGGCUUCGUCUUUGCACAGAGUCGCGAGCUUCGCGGCGACAACGCGGGAGUAUUCGUGGCGCGUACCAGCAAUGUCGAAACUGUCGCCGCCAAGGGUGGACGCAUCGGUCCUGAUCUUACCAAGAUGAACACCGCAUUGCGUCCUAAUGGCGGUGGAGCAGCACCCAUGCCACCUCCAAUGCAAAAGGGUAGAGACAGGGUGGUCGGACGUACUGUCAAGAUCAGAAAAGGACAACACAAGGGCCUCAUCGGCAUCGUCAAGGACUCCACCGAUUCAAGCUGUCUCGUGGAAUUGCACGCGAAGAACAAGAAGAUCAAUGUCGACAAGGCCAUGCUGUCUGUGAUCGACCCUGACACUGGCGUGGUUGUCUGCGCCGAUGCGAGAGCAUUCGGUACCGGACGCCCGAGUCAGACUCCGGGUCGUCCGAUGGGCGCUGCGACGCCUUUCCGUGGCGGUCCUCCAACAGGUAUGAGUGGCGGACGAACGCCAGCCUACGCAGCGGCGGGUGGCGGCAGGACUCCGGCGUGGAAGCAAGACGCUGGAGGACGCACGCCUGCCUACGCAACUGGCGGCGGAGGUCAGACAGCGUAUGGUGGCAACUUCGGUGGUGCUACUUCCUACGGUGGUGCUACCAGCUAUGGAGGCGCGACGAGCUACGGUGGUGGAGGUAGUGGCUCAACAUGGAACGCCAACGGCGGUCGCACGCCAGCGCCGUAUCCCUCUGGAGGCAGAACUCCGGCAUACCAGAGUGGCAUGGAAGCCCCAACGCCAGGCUUUCACUCAGCUCCUACUCCUGGCAAUUACGCCAGUGCGCCCACACCUGGUGCUUAUGGGCAAUAUCAGACUCCAGCUGCGUAUGCAACACCUGGUGGAUUUCCUGAGACUCCUGCUGCAUAUUCGCCAGAGACUCCGGCUCCCGAUCAAGGGCCACAGUAUGAUUGA